ACAUUACCAAGCUUUGGCAACUCUGCAACAAAAGCGGCAGCUACGUCUUAAAAUAUAAACAUCAAAUUAAUUUCACAAUCACUGCUUGAGAAAGUCCUUUAUUCCGCAUUUAUAGUGGCUUUUAUUUUUAUUAAUAAAAGUAGGUAAUAUAUCAAGAGUACAUAAGUGAAUGUAUGUAUGUGAUUCCCCGUUUUAGUGACACAUAAAUACAUACAUAUAUAGAGUGACACAGUAGGCAAUGGAAGAAAAGAUCCUAAAUAUUGCUUUGGAUGACAUGGCGUUGGAAAAUUCGACAAGCGAAGAAAACUUGGACAUUAUGUGUCCAACAAGUUGUUGCAAGACGAUUAAAAUGCUUUUGCUGGACAUAGCCGAUGGCAAGAAAGAAAUGAACACGAAAUUGUCAUAUAUCAAGGACUUGGAAGAAAAAUUAACAAAAUUGGAAAUAAAAUCAUCUUUAUUCAGCGAGAGGGAGCAAUCACUUGAAGGAAAAGUCAAGGAUAAAAACGAUGUUAUUGCCGCUUUAAAGGCAUCGAUUGAGAUAUACCAAAGUAUUAAACUAUCCGAUACGAAGCCCAAUGAAGCCCUUAAUGAAGAGCUUCGCAAUAUAAAGGACAUGUUAAAAAAACUCACGGAAUCGACGGAAGUGCACGGAAGACAAACUAAACCAGAGGAUUUAAGCCUAUCAAACGAUAUUGCACAAGCGGUUAAAAAUCAAAAAGAUUAUAUACUCGAACUGCAAACAAGUGUUUUGGAUAAAAACUCCCAAUUGAGGACAAAAGAUUUGCAAAUCACCCAACAAACAACCGCACUCAAACAGAAAACUGAGGAUAUUGCAAAAUUAAAAGCUGAUUGGAAUACAUAUAAGCAAAGGACCGAUAAUGAAUUGAAAGCAAACAAAUCUAAAAUGCAAUCGAUGCAACAAUUAAAACAAAAUGAGCAAACAGUAGCGAAUCUAACGAUCAAACAAUUAAAAUCUGCCAAUGCAGAGCUAACAAAAUCAAAAGCUAAAAUUGUCGAACUGGAGGAACUGCUCAAAAAGACUCUGGAACAGCUUACAUCAACAAAAGCAGGAGACGAAUCAUUAUUAAUCAAAACGUUAAAGGCAAAUUUAGCCGCUUCUGAAAACGAAUUAAAACAAUUGAAUGCAAAUCACACCAAAAAGAUAUCUGAACUUAGUAAUUCUAAUGAAAGUUUUGAAAAAAUUUUGGCCACUAAUAAAGCUUUGUUAAAAGAUCGUGAUAAUCAAAUACAACAGCUGAAAUCAAACAUUAAUGGUCUACAUGCUCGAUUAAAGCAAAUGAAAUUGGAUAAUAGUGUUCAUAAACAAAAUCAUAUUAAAAAUCAAUCUCAGCUAACGCAUUUAAGUAACCAACUAGCUAAUGCAAAUGCUUUAAUCGACUCAAGGAAAAUGGAAAUUCACAAACUAAAGAAAUUGUUAGAAAAUGCGGGAAAAAACAAAAAUGAAUAUUGUGAGCCAUCGUUAGCAUAUGAAGUUUUACAAAUUGAUGGUAUCAAACCGUUUGUGGCCACCUAUGAUAGCAAUCAUGAGGAUAGUCUUGUGCCCAGUUGGAUUAUUAUACAACGUCGCAUCGAUGGCACUGUGAGUUUUGAUCGUUUUUGGACCGAUUAUUCCAAAGGUUUUGGUGAAAAUAAAAGUGAAUUUUGGUUGGGAUUGGAGAAAUUGCAUGCGCUGACUUUAAAUAAAAGGCAUGAAUUGUAUAUAUAUCUUGUUGAUUUCUAUAAUCAAGUUCGUUAUGCUCGCUACGAUAAUUUUGCCAUAGCCAGUGAGACAGAAAAAUAUAAAUUGAAAUCUUUGGGCAAUUAUACGGGUAAUUCGGGCGAUAUAAUGCGUAAAUAUGAAGGUAAAGCAUUCGAUAUACACGAUUCUUGUGGUGGCUGGUGGUAUAACAAGAAAUAUGAAACACAUCUUAAUGGAAGUUAUUCCAAUGAAAAUUCAAUGGAACAUGAACAAGGAUUACAUUUUGGUAAUUGGUACUUUGGUUCAAGUAUUCCAAUUAAAUAUGUUCGAAUGUUGAUACGAUCCCAUUAAACGAAAGAAAAACAAAGUGCGCAGAUUUUCUCAUCAUGAACCAAAAAAAAAAUUUAUAGCAUUCUGUAA